AUGCCGGUUGUUUUGGUGCGCCCGACCAAUCGGACUCGCCGCCUGGAUUCUACGGGAGCCGGGAUGGGCCCGUCGUGGCGGCCCCAGGACUCCCCUCUGCCCACCGUAACGCAUUGCGCAGGGUGCACCACCGCCUGGUCCUCCUGCAGCUCCUUUAACAGCCGCCCCGGCAUGGAAACGCCACCAUUGCAGCUCCAGGCGGGCUUCUGCUCGGAGCAGCACCAGCAGCACCACCACCAUCACCAGCAGCAGCAGCGCCCACACCCGCAUUGCCAGCCACAGCAGCAGCAGAGUCAGGAGAAGCAGCACCACCAGCAGCAGCCGCCUUGGCCAUUGCCUCCUCCUCCUCCGACGUCCAGCAGCCCUUGCCUCCAGUGCAACCACUGCGCCUACUACGGAGGGGCUGCAGCUGCGGCGGCGGCGGCAGCUGGAGACAACAACCUGCCGCUGCUGCUCCGCACUUCCUCGCCUCUUUCGGGCGCCUUCCGGACGCUCUCCUCGCCCGUCUCUUGCUCCGCGUCCUCCGCCUCCGCCUCCCGCCCGGGCAGCCAGCUCAACGUCAGCGAGCUGACCCCCUCCAGCCAUGCCAGGCAGCCCCAGCACCACCAGCACCACCAGUCCUACCACUCCCACCACUCGCACUACCAGCCGUGCCAACAGCAGCAGCAGCAGCAGCCCCAGCCCCACCAGGCGCCAGGCAGCAGCCCCCACAGCAGCAGCGGAGGCAACCACCACUACUAUCAGGCUCAGCAUCCUCAGCAGCAGCAGCAGCAGCAGCGCCGGGAGAGCAACCCUUUCACGGAAAUAGCCAUGAGCAGCUGCAGGUACAACGGAGGCGUCAUGCGGCCCCUGAGCAACCUGAGCUCCUCCCGGAGGAACCUCCACGAGAUGGACGCCGAGGCCGCGCAGCCCCUCCAGCCCCAGCACAACAGCCAGCACAGCCCCAGCCACGCCGGACCCCCCAGCCCCGCGCCCCCGACAGCCCCGACGGCCCCGGCCGCCUCCGCCUCUGCCUCCGCCGCCGGGCCGGAGAUCGUGGUCUCCAAGCCCGAGCACAACAACUCCAACAACUUGGCCCUCUACGGCUCCGGAGGAGGAGGAGGAGGCAGCCAGACCAACAGCGGCGGAGGCGGGAAGUCCAGCAAGAAGAAGAACCAGAACAUCGGCUACAAGUUGGGCCACCGCCGGGCGCUCUUCGAGAAGCGGAAGCGCCUCAGCGACUACGCGCUCAUCUUCGGCAUGUUCGGCAUCGUGGUCAUGGUCAUCGAGACCGAGCUCUCCUGGGGCGCCUACAGCAAGGAGUCGCUGUAUUCAUUAGCCCUAAAAUGCCUUAUUAGCCUCUCUACAAUCAUUCUGCUUGGUCUGAUCAUUGUAUACCACGCAAGGGAAAUUCAGCUGUUUAUGGUGGAUAAUGGAGCAGAUGACUGGAGAAUAGCCAUGACUUAUGAGCGCAUUUUCUUCAUCUGCUUGGAAAUCUUGGUGUGUGCUAUACAUCCUAUCCCUGGCAACUAUACAUUCACAUGGACAGCCCGGCUUGCCUUCUCCUAUACUCCAUCUGUCGCAAUAGCUGAUGUGGAUAUAAUUUUAUCCAUACCAAUGUUCCUAAGACUGUAUCUUAUUGCCAGAGUUAUGCUUUUGCAUAGCAAACUUUUCACUGAUGCCUCAUCCAGAAGCAUUGGAGCACUAAAUAAGAUAAACUUCAAUACUCGUUUUGUUAUGAAGACUCUAAUGACAAUAUGCCCAGGAACUGUACUUUUGGUUUUUAGUAUCUCCUUAUGGAUAAUUGCUGCAUGGACAGUCAGAGCUUGUGAAAGGUACCAUGAUCAACAGGAUGUUACUAGCAACUUCCUUGGAGCAAUGUGGUUGAUUUCAAUAACUUUUCUCUCCAUUGGAUAUGGUGAUAUGGUACCUAAUACAUAUUGUGGGAAAGGCGUUUGCUUGCUUACUGGAAUAAUGGGUGCUGGUUGCACUGCGCUGGUGGUGGCUGUAGUAGCAAGGAAAUUAGAACUUACCAAAGCUGAAAAACAUGUGCAUAAUUUCAUGAUGGAUACCCAGCUAACUAAAAGAGUGAAAAAUGCAGCUGCCAAUGUACUCAGGGAAACAUGGUUAAUUUAUAAAAAUACAAAGCUGGUAAAAAAGAUAGAUCAUGCAAAAGUAAGGAAACAUCAGCGCAAAUUCUUGCAAGCUAUUCACCAAUUAAGAAGUGUUAAAAUGGAACAGAGAAAAUUGAAUGAUCAGGCAAACACUUUGGUGGACUUGGCAAAGACUCAAAACAUCAUGUAUGAUAUGAUUUCUGACUUAAAUGAAAGAAGUGAGGACUUUGAGAAAAGGAUUGUUACUCUGGAAACAAAACUGGAAACUUUAAUUGGUAGCAUUCAAGCUCUCCCUGGACUGAUUAGCCAAACAAUCAGCCAGCAACAGAGGGAUUUCCUUGAAGCUCAGAUACAAAACUAUGAUAAGCAUGUUACCUACAGUGCAGAACGGUCAAGGUCCUUAUCUAGGCGAAGGAGGUCUUCCUCCACCGCACCACCCACUUCAUCAGAGAGUAGCUAGAAGAAAAUAAGUUAACCACAAAAUAAAGACUUUUUGCCAUCAUAUGGUCAAUAUUUUAGCUUUUAUUGUAAAGCCUUAUGGUUCUAAUCAGUGUUAUCUGGGUUCUGAUGUCAGAAUUCUGGAAACCUGAACACAAAAUUUUAGGCCAAAAUGAGUGAAAACUCUCUCUCUCUCUCUCUCUUUCAAUCUCUCUCUCUCUUUCUCUUUCAGUCUCUCUUUCUCUUUUCAGAUGCACAGUGAAUGCACCUAUUAUUGCUAUAUAGAUUGUUCCUCCUGUAAUUUCACUAACUUUUUAUUCAUGCACUUCCAACAAACUUUACUACUACAGUAUACAAUAUAAUAAAAGGGUUAAUUUCUGCACAUAGUUGCUUGGUCACUUUGACUUUAACAUUCCCAGUUCUUAAUAUAUAUAUUUUUUACGGAAAUGUUGAAUAUGCAUCAGUUAUUAGAAGACUGAGCUUAUUCUGUAAUAUCAUUCAGAGAUAAUCUUAUUUCACAUACUUGCUAUGCAGAAGAAGAAGGGUUAAUGUGUAUGAUGUAUUGGUUUAAAAGACUAUGUUAAACUGUAACUGUCUAUGGUUGCAAUCCUGUUCUAGUUCACAUGUUGUCCAUCCAGUUAAUGUAAGCAGGAUAAUGCAUGCAGAACUGGUGCAGGAUUUCCCCAACUUCUGACACAUAUAUGCCAAAUCUGCAUGUCUGUCUUGAAAGUUGUCAUUGUCAUUUUCAUUUUCAUUAGGUCAGUUGGAAACAGUGAACUGACAAAUCACUUUUUUUCAACUAGUGGUUUGAAAGUUCAGAAAUGACAGCUGCUGCACCAGCUCCUUACUGCUCCACCCCUCCAUCACUGACUGCAUGCUGUAGCGUCUUCUAGAUUAUUUAUGCCAAAUAGUUUACAAAACAAAUGGGGAAAGGGCUGAUAUAUAGUUCUUCAAAUCAUUUUAUCAUUUCUCAAAUGUGUUUAUAUGGGGGUUCGCAAGAAUAGCAUUUAUUUAUGUUCUUGUUAAGAGAAAGUCUUCAUUGAUCAAAAAUGUCUUGGCAUCUCAAUGUAAUGUGUGUCUUUUAUGUGUUAGUGGGAUCUCUGUAAACACUUCCAUUUAUUCCAGCUUCUCGAUAUCUAUAGCAGUUUUCCAUUCUGCUAAAUAAGGUUGUACAUGAUAUUGACGUUGAACAUCCGUACAUAAAUGUACCUAGAAAUGACUGCACUUUAGGACAUGUCUUGAUGCAGUAAAAUAACUGAAAACCCCAAAAUACAAAGAACAAAAGAAGAGGAAGCUGCAUGUAACACAAUUAUAAUAAAAUAUGUAUUAAAUAUGGAUCCUUUUACACAUAACCAUAACAGUGUAACAAUUUUAUGUCUUUCAAAAGUACGUAUUUAUAUUAAUGGCAUGCAAUGGAUAUAUGAGAAAGUUAUAUUUUGAUAUCAUUCUUUUUCAAGGUCAAAGACAGAAAUACAUACUGAUUUUAUUUGUAAAUAUGUAUUUUUAUUAUAAUUGUAGUACUUGCAGCAUUUUUGUUGUUGUUCUUUGCACUUUGUUGUUUUUUCAGCUAAUUUGCUACCCCAAACCAGUCUUAUUUUGUGAUACUAAUGAUUGAGUAGGGAAAAGAAAAAGAAAAAAGAACCCUCCCCCUCCCCACAAAGGGUGAGGGUUUGUAGAUUUAUUUUUGGACAGUUAUGGCCAUAUUUGGGGUAAGCCAAUAACAUACAUCUUGUAUUACAAGCUAAUCCUCAAAAUGGAUAUAUCUGCAUUUUCAUAGGUACAUUUGAAAUACUUUUCUCUUUCAACAUGCUGUUGCUGAAAGGAAUGAAAAUACUGAAUUACUAGAUUACAUCUUCAGCUAUGUCCCAACAGUGGCUCUCAAGAAAGACCUGGCAAGACUUUGACAUGUGUUACAACAACAAAACAGUCAUGCAUUUGACCAUUGUUUAUCUAACCACUUGUGCAUUUGGUCAAGCAUACAUAUCAGAAUACCUAGCCAAAUGCAUAAGGGGACGUGAAGGGGGGGGGGGCUCAAAUUACUUAAUAAAAAAAUAAGUUAAAAAGUACAUUUUGGCUGUGGUACAUACCUUUUCCACAUGGGAAACUGAAGGCCCAGUCAUUCCCUUGUGUUUUUAAAAAAUGGAUCUUCCAUUUUACCCUUUGGGGACAGUAGAUAUGUUCUGGAUAGCUCUGGUCUUUUAUUGCACCCUGCUUAGAUAACCCAUAUAGAUGAUCCUCUUAUGGAUUGCAGAUACAUAACUGAAAACAGAGGAUGAAGCAUUGGAUCUUGCAGUAUGAUUUGCAGUGGUUGCUAGAAGCUCAUCUUGUAAUAAUAGGAUUAGACUUUUGGAUACUUAUGUAUUUUAACUUAAUUUGCCAAUAAUGAGAUUGCAUUCUGAUUAUGAUUCAUGCCGAAGUGCUUGCAUAAUCAAAUGCCACACCACAUCUCUAGUCAAAACAUUGUGGAAUAUUAGCUCCAUCAGAAAAAAAAAACUUAGCUUAUUUUACUUUCAUGUUUGAACAGAAGUGGGAAUCAUGUGGCCAUCUAGAUGUACUUCCACUGCAACACACCCUACCAUUGGCUAUACUGGUUCAGGUUGAUGAAAUUUGCAAUCCAGCAGUAUCUAGUAGGCUGUGUAAUUCCCAGAUCUGUAUUAGAUUCAUACAGUCUAGUAAAUAACUGAGGUAUAAUUUCACAAUUGAAUAAAGUAAAUAUUUCUAACACUGUUUUUCUGUAAUUAGUUAAUAUGUAUAUGUCUGCAUAUGUGUUUGAAGUUAGGAACAUAGGAAAUUACUUUAUACCAAGUCAAACAUUUGUCUUAUCUAGUGCAAUAUUAUCUGUUACAAGGGUGA